AUGCCAUCAGCUGUUAGAAUUCACCCCGUCUGGAAGCGUGUUGUACGCUUCUUGGCCGAAGAUGGGCAAGAAUACUGCGGAGAGCCAGUUGACGCAGAGCUGGACGUUGGUCUCGCCAUGGCAGACAGAGAACCAGUGCUGGUGAAGGUUCUCGAUGCCAAGUCUGCACUGGAUCUUGACGCAGUUUUCACUGGUGAAGUGAAGACAGCGAUACUAAUACUCUCUCCUCUCACGCUGUCAGAGGUCGGCACAAUACGCUGUGUUGGAUUGAAUUAUACGGACCACGCUGCAGAGAUGAAACUCUCCAUCCCGAAACACCCAGAGAUUUUCUUCAAGCCAAAUACCUGCGCCCACGGCCCAGUCGAAACCCUGACUAUUCCACACGAAGCAGCAGGCCAAGCAGAUCCCGAGGUAGAGCUCGCCGUCAUCAUCAAGAAAGACUGCAAGAACGUCUCUGUCGGCCACGCACUCGACUACGUGCUUGGAUACAUGACAUCCAACGACGUCACUGCUCGUGUUGUACAAACAAGAGGCUCGCAAUGGGGUUAUUCAAAAGGAUUCGAUCAAUUUGCUCCUAUGGGACCCACGAUUGUGUCAGCGGAGAGCAUCCCGGAUCCGUCUGUGUUGUGGCUGAAGACGACAUUGGAUGGGGCGGUUAUGCAGGAUAAGCCUGCGAAGAAUAUGAUUUUCAGUGUUGCGGAGAUUAUUUCAUAUUUGUCCGUGGGAACGACUUUGAAGGCUGGUACGGUCAUCUUGACGGGGACACCGAGCGGUAUUGGACAUAGCCAUAGCCCUCCCUUGUAUCUGAAGGAAGGUUCUGUUUUGAGGUUGUCGAUCAGUCAUGGGUUGGGGACUUUGGUAAAUCCGAUUGCACAAGAGGCUCCUGUUGUACUUGAGUGA